AACCAAAGAAAUAAUGUUUCCCGGAAAGAAGCAACCGAUUGUCUAUAUCUCCCGUAGUGAUUGUUUCAGCGCAUGCCAUCGUCUUCAUUCAAAAGAACUCUCCGCCGAGGAAAAUCAGAAAAUAUUUGGUAAAUGUAAUAAUCCAAACGGACAUGGUCAUAACUAUAAAGUCGAUGUGACUCUUCGUGGUCCUGUUGACCCUGUGACCGGAAUGGUGCUUAAUCUUACAGAUCUGAAAGCUUGCAUGGAAAAAGCGUUUAUGUCAACGCUUGAUCAUAAAAAUUUGGAUUUAGACGUGGACUAUUUUAAAGAUAAAGUCAGCACAGCAGAGAAUAUUGCAGUGUAUAUUUGGGAGAGAAUGGCUGAACAACUUACACCUGGACUUUUAUAUGAGGUCAAAGUGCAUGAAACUGAAAAGAAUAUUACUAGUUAUAGAGGUGAACAGUCAGAAUAACGUGUGUCAACUCAUGUUUGAUGUCACAAAAGUAACAGGAAACUGUGCGAUUAAGUACACAUCGCAGCUGUAACGAAAUAAUUUGGCACUUGCUAAAACCAUAAAGUUAAGACGGCAUCAGUUAGGUUACCUGUCACUCCUGUCCACCA